AUGGCUGCGUGUCUCGAUGGUAUGGAGAAGCCUGGCAUAGGCCGACCUGUCACGUUAGCGCAGAUGCGGGAUGAGAGUGUCAAGGUGGACUUGUGUGUAACUGGUGGACUGGUGUUUAAUGCACAGGGUGUGACGAUUUGGGAGGGACAUAAUUUGUUCGAGGUGCAGUGGGCCAUGUUGCAGGAUAUGAAGAUAUUGCGGGAAAAAGCGCCCGUCGUCGCCGUCGCACAUGGGUGUCAAGUGGUUGACGAAGUUGAACUCGGCGCGGAGAAGGUUACGUCGGAUAUACAGGGUGAGGUACAGAGCGAUUGGGUGGUAACACCAGACGCGACGGUCGAGAUAGCUGCGGCGAAGAAGCCUACCAGCGGUAUCGAUUUCGACACUGUAGAUCCUGAGGGUUUGCUCAACAUACCGCCGCUGCAAGAGCUGCGAGGGAUCCGUAUGAUGGAGCAGAUCAUGCAGCGGGAUGGCUUUGUCUCGAAAGAAGAGAAGCCGGAAGCGGCACCAACUGAGGAUGAGCAGCUGGGCAUCAGUAUAGUAGAGAAGUUGAUGCAAAGCUUCAAGUCGUAG